ACAAUUGACAUUUGCGAAAUUCUAAAAACAGCUGUUGUCACACAGCUGAUGAAAAAUAUUUGCUUCAAAUGCCGGCUUCAAUUUGUUAAAAAUAUUUCUGAGUGUGCUGUUUAUGUUAGCGGGCAAAAUGUCUCAACAGAAAGGAGAUGGAGAAGUCACAAAAGCCAGUAUUUUAAUACUGAACGAUGAUUGCUUGCUGGAAAUCUUUAAGCAACUAAAAUUGGUAGAACAGGUGCGUUUGGCAACGGUUUGCCCACGUUUGCGCAGCGUAUUUCAAUAUUAUUGUCAAAGGCAUUGCAAAAUAUUGCGAAAAUACGAUCUCAGCGAUAUGAGUACGCGUGAAAUAAGGCGAUUUUUUGAAAUGGCUGGGAAUUAUUUAGAGGAGCUAGUUAACCUGCCCUACAAUGAUCAGGAACGUAAUGAAUAUGUAACGCAAGUAAAUAAAAAUUGUCCAAAUGUACGACGAAUUUAUUUUGGAAUGACAAAAAUAAAGUCUAAGUGUUUACGCAAAUUACUUAUGAAUAUGAAACAUUUAAAUAGUUUGCAUUUGCAAAAGUGUUCGCUGGACGACAAUGCAAUGAAAAGUGUAUCGGAAUUGGCAACUUUAGAGAUUUUGAGACUAGAGGGUGAAGAAGACAUAACGGGACGCUAUUUAAGUAAACUAAAAUGCCUGAAAGAACUGACUUUCGUUGAAUGCGGCAUACAAGAUGACUUUUUUGUGGAAAUUUGUACAUCGCUUAAGGAGCUUAAAAAGCUGACAUUACAAUGGUGCGAUGCGCUUACUGAUGUCGCAAUUUCAGCGCUGCCAGUGAAUUGUGUAAAUUUAGAAAAACUUAAUAUAUCGUGUAAUCAAAGCUUUGAAUACUAUGAUAUAGCCCGGCUGCCACGAUUAGUUGAUUUGGAAUUGUCUGCCGAAAUGUUUCGGACACAAUCAUUUAAUUUAUUACUUAACCGAUUGGCUGAUCAAAAGGGUGAGCAACUUGAGUGUUUGCGUAUUUUUUCGCCCAGACUUAUUGUUGAUGACGGCAUGCGACCUUUGUCACAAUUUAAGAAUUUAAAAGUAUUUGGUUGCGAUUGUAGUAAAUAUAUAGAUGCUACAUGUUUGCGAUAUAUUUGCGCAUUACAACAAUUAGAAACUGUUAGUUUAAGAUACUGUCGCUCAGUUACUAAUGAAGCGGUGUUAGUGUUGUUGGACGGCUGUCCAAAGUUAAAAUAUAUUAAUGUGAUGCAUUGUGAUCAGUUAACAGAAGAGUUGGUCUAUAAGACUAUAGAUGUGCUGCAAAGAAAGCAAGUUGACAAGCAACAUUCACGUGAUAGUAUGCCAGUGCUAAUGAUGGUUGCGGGUACGAGAAUAAGGCAUUUAAUUUUGGAUGAUACCAAGUACUUAGAAGCUUUGGAAGGUGGCCUGUUAAAGUUGAGCUUCGCCAAUCCCUUUCAAUUUCCCUACGAAAAUUUAUACUACACAUAUAACGUGCCAGCCAUUCGUGAACUUAAACACUUCUAUUGAAAACUGAAAGCAACAGUUAUUUUCGCGCAUUGUUAUUGGCAGUAGUUAUAAAACUGAAAAUAUUUGUUCGUUAAAAGCCUUCAAACACUGCCUACGUGCAUGAGUGGUUAUUUAGUUAUUGUAGAAUUGUAGUGUUGUUUAAUUAUGAAAUUGCUUAAAUUACGCAAUAUUUUCAUGUACAACCUACCUGUGUAUUUAUUUAUUACAAAUAAUAACAAAAAUUAUUUGUUUCUAUGACAUUAAAUAUACUCUAUUUUUGUUUGGUAAAUUUCAAAAAUCUAAAAUUUUUAUAUUAACUAAAAUCUGUUUUCAACUUGCUCAAAUAUUUUAAAUCUAACCAAAAAAAAAAAAAAUAAGCUAAUAAUAAAAUAAAAUAAAAUAAUUUCAUUCUUCGUUAAAUGGUUAGAAGUGAAUUGUAUUUGAACAAAAAUACACGACUUGUGUUAAUUAAAUUAUUAUUUUAGUUUUAAUAUCUUAACUUGGUUGCGUUUGUGCUUUCAAAAUAUUAUAUUUAAUUAUUAUUAAAUAUUAUUAAAAUAAAUAUUUAAUUUUUUUUAAAUGAUUUGAGUAUUUAAAUUUUCGUUUAAAUUUUUCAAAUAAUAACUUAUUGCUGUGUAAAUUAGUUAUUAUUUAUGUGCAUUAAAAUAUUAUAUAUGUAUUUACGAAAUUGUAAUUCUAAAAUGUAAUUCAUUAAGAUGUGUUAUAUACAUGUAUAUAGUCUUAAGAAAGUUGUUUCAUAGAUGAUUAUAAAUAUUAAUAAACACCACAACUGUAAUGUGCGCAAGAGAUUACAAAGCAGAAAUUGCCUUGCAAGUAAUGUUUGCCAAAAACUUGCCACUACUAAGCUUGCAAAUUCUUUGAAAAA